AUGUUUACAUUUUCUUCUUUUGUUGCUACCUUCUUUGAUAUUUCUACCAUCUAUAAAUUAUUCACAAAAUCAUUUAUACAUAGACCUUAUGCAAAAACUUUAUGGAUGAGAAUAAAAGGAAUAUUGAGAGACUUAUAUAAUACAGAUCAGAAUUUACAACUAAAAGAUGGUUCUAAAAAUAAAAAUAAAUUUAACAGAUUAUCAAAUGCUACAGGAUUAAUAAAAUCUUUAAAAAGUGAUAAAAACAUCAAUAAUGAAAACAUCAAUGAUGAUAACAACAAUCAUGAUAACAAUAAUAGUAACAACAGUAAUAGCAAAACCACAAAUUAUUAUACAAGAACUAUUAAUUUCAGUGAUUUCACCAGUAAACUUUAUAGUUUUUCAAAUCUUCCUUCUCCAAAAAAUGCUUCUGAAGCUUAUCAUUCUAAACAAAAUGAUCUUGUUAUACCAGAUGGUUCUCAUAUCCCUUUAAACUUUCUGCAAGAUGGUUUUUUAGGUGGCAUUUUUUUAGUUCCAAUUUGUUAG